AUGAGUAAACACAACCUAUACGCUGCGCGAUACGCGAGACUCGAGCGAUUGCCUGCUUCUGUGAUAAGCGCCGUGGAAAUGUGGAGCAGAGCGGGGCGACGGGCCACGCAUGCAUGGCUCGAAUCAAAAUACGUCUUUAUUCCGAUCAACAUUGGAAACGCGCACUGGAUGUGUUCGGUUGUGGAUGUGCAGAGCCAAGUCAUAUACAUCAUUGACUCGUACAACGAGGAGUACCGCCAUGUUGGUGACAAACUUCUGGAGUGGAUUUGCAAGGAUGGUGAAGCAAAUGAAAUCUCCGUGGGCCGCAAGAGCGCUUGGAAAAUCGUUCAUAAAGUACUACCGAAGCAAAUGAUGCAGAAGAAUGGAUCGGAUUGUGGCAUGUUUGUGCUAGCCUUUUCACGAGAGUUGUGCAUGCGCAUGAGCAUUUCACCAGGUGCGGAACCACCCGGUAUAGUUUUUACUAGCGAAUCCGUGGCCGACAAGCGUCGCCGAGCAGUCCACGAGAUACUGAAGAUGGGAAUCCAGGGCAGAAUCGAUACAAAACGACCAAACGUUGCAUGUUCGCCAAAUGAGAAGACAACGCUGCAACAAGUGGUAGAUGCCAAGUCACCUCUUGGCAAACAAUUUUACCGAGAUGGCGCAACGGAGAAAUUACCGCGCGUGCGAAUCAAGCAAGGACGUAUGGUGAAACAGAUGGUCGUUUAUCAACCGUUCAUACUUGUUCUUAUGAGUCCGGCGCAAGAGCGCCUUCUGUGGAAGUAUGGCAAUCAAAGAUGCAUUCAGAUGGAUUCUACCUUCAACAUCACCAGAUCAAAGUUCAGUACCUUCACACUCAUUGCGAGGCACCCAGAUGGAUUCUAUAUGCCUUGCGCGUUCUUCAUCACGUCAGAUGAGCGCCAGGAAACGAUUGUGUACUGCCUUCAAGUCAUUCGCGACAGAAUCAAAAGAAAGUAUCCAGGAGGCACUUGGUGUCCAAGCACUUUCAUGGUAGACUGUUGCUGGGCUGAAACAAAUGCCAUCGAGCAGGUAUUCCCGAAAGCGAGAGUGUUGUGGUGUCAAUUCCACGUGUUCCAGGCGUUCAAUCGAAACAUAACGAGUAAGCUAGCCGAGAAGCAAGGUGUUCAGGUUUCCAUAGCCAUCUCGCCGAAAGAGCGUGGACAGAUCAAGAAAAUGCUUUGGAAGCUGGUGAAGGAAACAUUUAAGGAUGAUGAUGCAUGGGACAAAGCAUACACGAGCGUUUUGGAAUUCUGUGACCAUAAGCAGAAAGAAAUAGAUAAACAAUUCGGUGAUGCGUCAUGGACGACGUGGCGAUCCUUUCGAAAGUACUUGGAGACGCAAUGGGGGCGACAUAGGAAGCUUUGGGCGAGACAUUUUCGAAGUGGGUUGACAUAUGGGACGCAGGAGACAACUGGAUCAAUCGAAUCGUUUCAUGGACGUUGGAAGGCUCGCCUCAUCGCAGAUGGCAAGGGAGAUAUCCGAUGUCGUCGCAUGGACUGGCUCAUUCAUCACUUACAGCACGAAAUCAUUCCUCGAUAUUGUGACAAGGUCUGUCAAGCCGAGACGAGCAUUGCGCCUGCGCGUGUUAGGAAGGCCAUGUUUCAUGUCUUAGACGAGGCGAAAACGAUCGAUGGCAUGAAAGAUGUUGAGAAAGAAACAACGGACGAUGAAGGCACGCGGUUCUCUGUGUCGUAUAGAGUCAACUACUCGGGAGAAGUGCACAACGUGUCCGGUUUAGAGACUUUAGAAGACUGCGCCUUGGACAGGGAUCAUACACAAGUAAAGUGCUCUUGUGCGCUCGGACGAAACGGCCAGGUUUGUGCUCCGAAAAUGAAAGCGAUGCUGAUAGAGAACGAGCUUUGGACGUGA